AUGGAUAUUGCAAGCUCCCUGUAUAGAGUACAUCAGUGUCGUUCGUGUCUGGGGGACACAGAGUACCAUUGUGUAUCGUGUCUAUGUGAUCUGUGUCUCCAGUGUAAAGAGAAUCAUGUAAAAGAUCUCAAAACAAUAGACCAUGAUGUUGUGUCACACGGUGAUAAAAUCAACUACAUCCCAACACAAGAGUUCUGUGUGAGACAUCCUACCCUUGUUUAUAGAAAAUACUGUGAACCUUGUCAAGUUCCUGUCUGUUUCCACUGCAGAAAACAUAGAAAUCACAGUCAACUAGAUGUUAGAACAGCCUAUAAAACAAAGCGACAACAACACAGAAGAACCAUUCACACCAUCAGAAGUGAGGCUCUCUUUGACAGACCUGUUCUCCUGCCACGAAUCAAAGCUGAUUUCAAAGCUUGUCAAACACGAUUCUCCCUUUACCAAUCAAAGAUGUUAACAAAAGCUCAGAGACUGCAUGAACUCAUUGACAAAGUGGUAUAUGAUCUAUUGAACAAUGUAUUUUGUGACUUUAAUUUCAUACACAGAUGUUUAAAACAGAAGAUAGAAAUGAGCAGACAUAUUGUCAGCCUUCAGAGAUAUGAACACAUAUAUGUACAGCCAGCAUUCACAUUCAGUGCACUACAAUUCCUCUCCUCCAUAAAGAUAGCCCUCUCCCAGAUACAUCUUACACUCCACACCAGCCAGCUCUCCAUGACAGAGUCACUCAACAAGGAGGGUGUGAUGGAUCCAAGAUAA